CUGUUGUGUCAGUGUGUGUUUAUCUCCCGUGCUGUAAGGUUGGAUGCCGCGAGUGGCUAUUUUUAGCCCCGCACCACAGAUCAGAUAUGAUCAGCCGAAAAGGUACAGGGUCGAUGUUUAUCUCUGCCAAGGAAGCGUGUUUAGUCCUAAAGUGAGGGAUGGGGCGGUGAACUGAGGAGGCGGAGGAGCUGAAGAGAGGUGGUCAGGUGGUAGGAGGUGGGGAGAUUGUUGUGGAAGCCCGUCUUUAUUAGGAGCUGUGGUCGAGCUGACAGACUGACUGACUGACGACUGGGCUUUACUGUCAACUGUGGCAUCUGUGGACAUCUUGACGGACGCCGCACGCUGCCAGAUGACCCGUGCGAUCUGAAAGCAGAGAGCAUCCCCACCAUGGACAACAAGAUAACAGCCAAGGAGAGAGGCAUCCUGGAGGAGAACAACGAGAAGGAGGAGAUGGACCAGGAGAGAGCUCAGGAGGAGGAGGGGGAGGAGAAGAAGCUCAAGGAGGAGGAAGGAGAAGGCGAAGAGAAGAGCAGGAAAGACCAGGAGCCACUGACAGAGGAGCAGGAGCUAGAGGAGCUGAGGGCCCAGGUGCUGCAGCUGCUCCUGGAACUGGAGGACGCCAGGGAGACCUCCAACAAACACCAGGAGAGCUUCCACGAGCUGCAAGGUCUGUUGGAGGAUGAGCGUCUGGCCAGUGCCCAUCAGGCUGAAGCCUUCACACGCCAGAUCCAGAAUCUGCAAGCCCAGCUGCGCUCUGUGCAAGAGGAGAUGGACAGCCUCGAGGAGGAGAAGGAGAGUGAGCUAGCCGAGGCCCAGGAGGAGCUGCGUGCAGCUCAGGAGGAGGUGCUCCUUCUCCAGCAGGCAGCGGAGGAGGCGGCGGCAGAGAGGGAGAACGACAUCGCCUCGCUGCAGGAGGAGCUGUGUCGCCGGCGGGCCGAGCUGCAGCGCCUCAGCGAGGAGACCCAGGAGUACGAGCUGGAGAUCACCACACUGAGGGCCGAGAUCAGCAUGAAGAGUCAGCGCAGGGAGGCCGAGAGGAGAGAGGGUGACGUGGACCUGCUGAAGGAGGAGUGCCGUAUGCUGAGGGAGGACUGUCAGACCCUAAAGGAGGACAACAGACGUCUCUCUGAGAGGCUGCAGCUGCUGCAGAGACAGAGAACAUGCUCCAGUGUCUACCUCUCACUGAAAGAGGAAGAUGCGGGGGAAGGCCCAGAGGGGAAGGAGAUGGAAACCGGCUCUGACGACGUCAUGACAGAGAGCUACAUGACAAUGGCCCAGUCUGAGAACUGUCGCCUGGUGGACGCCUCCAUCCAGAAGAAUAUUUCGUUUGAUGGGAAGCCCGUGACACCUACCAGCUGGAACGGAGGCAUUGGGGAGAUCUUCUCCUUGAGGGACCAGCUGAAACAGGCUGAGGAGAAGGCUUCGCAGGUUCAGAGAGAGUGUGACGGUCUGAAGAUGGAGCUGCAGGAGCUGCAGGUACUGUAUGACAGUAGCCAGAGGGAAAGAGCAGAGCUGGAAGAGGAGCUGCAGCGCUGCAAGGCAGAGCUGGAGAAGCUGUCAGGGGGGGCUCAGAGAUUCAUCCAUCCGUCUGAGCACCCUGUUCUCUCCAUCCCCUUCAUAGGAAUGAUUGUAAUAGUGGCUGUGGUCUGGUGCUGGUUGUCGGAGCUGGCGUCCCAGAGAGCAAGGGGAGUGAGGUAGGUUGGAACUCCAUUUUGACUAUCACUGCAGCCACGGCAGUGCUAUUAAUGAUGACUAGCUUGUUGAGAGCUCUCGUCCGAUGUUGACUGGAUGGGCAACAACUGCACAGGGACAGACGUCUGCUUCAGACCAGCCCUCGUUCUCUCCUGCCACGUCUAUAGACUGAACUGGAAUUCUCUAAAUGCGAUAGAGCUGACAACUUUGUAGUAGAAAACAUAUGGGAAAUUUUAUCUGUAAUGAAAGGGUACUACACGCACACACAGACUGACAACAACGGUCUCAGUAUCAUUUUAUUGGCGUUUGAGGAGAAGAUUGCUAUGACGAUGAACAGCAGAGAGCCCACAUGAGGAUUGAUCUCACUCCACUAAAUGUCUGCUAGUGCUGUGUCUUUUCUCUUCUGUGUCUGUGAAUAUUUUUAUUUCUCUUUUAGCAAAACAAUGUGAUAAAAUGAAGACUUUGAUUUCUAAUGUGGACCAAAUGGUUUUCAGUUUAUUUAACAAUGAUUUAUUUAUUUGUUUGUUUAAAUACUGUUCAUUGCUGUCUCUGAUCAUAAUGACAAAUCUGGAGUCCAAAAAUUGAAUAUACUGAAAACCCUGAAAUGCGCUUAAAAAAGAACAGAAAGACCCGUUUGUAGUUUUUCUUAAUGAGUGAUCAGUUACUUACUCCAAAAUACUAAAUGCAGUGAAUGCACAAUAUUGCAAACAUGUAUUAGAAAUCACAAAAUCUUCAUGAAUUAACAUCAACCUACCAGAUCUAGUAUCCUGCCACUGUUAUUCUGCCCUUCCCGACAUUAGAUAUCAGUUCUUUCCAUUGUAAACACCAAAAAUAUGCUAGUACAGGGACGACAGGUAUGGCUAACUAAGAACCUGUCAAUCUAAGUAUACAUAUAAAGCUGAUGUUUAAGCCAAUGUCAUCCCUGGUUGGUGGAGACUGCACGUUUUCUCAGUGUUUUUCAGUUAUGCGCUUUGCUCCAAGCUCUGUCUGUCCACAUGCAUCAGCAUUGUCCUGUGUCUGACUCUGAAAUCCGACAACUCCCACGUCUCCCUUUAAUUAUCAGUUAACCAAGAUGCCAGUGCAGUGGAGAAAUAAACAUUUUUUUCCCCUCUCCAGCGGGAUUCCAUUGGCUUGGUCCCUCCAAAUGUGUUGUUAAUGAGAUUUAUGGUGAUUGCAGGUUUUUUAAAGGUACACAGUGUGAUAAUGUUGACUGUCAGCAUUCCCUUGUUUACUGACGACACGCUUUAUGUGACAAACUGCAGAUCUGAUCUACACCGGUCGGUAUCAGGUCACACGUAGAUUAAACCAUUGAUGCGGGUGAAGUGAAUGAUCAUGUUUGGUUGUUUCUGAGGGCAUUUAGACACUGAAAAGGUUCCAAAAUAUGUAAAUAAAAAGAUGUCAGAAAGAUUUCAUUUGUCUAAGCAUUAGUUACAAAAAAUGUAUGUAUAUGUGGAAGGACUCUGAUUAUUGUUUACAUCUGUGAAACUUUUUUUUUUUGUGAAAAUCUUUUAGAACUAAAGAAAGCAUGCUACAAAACAUAUAGAAACACAAUAUAUAAUUUAUGUUGGUUAUGAUGAUUAUUUUACUUUGUAAUUCAUGUAAAUAGAUGUGUGAUAUAGUACUAUGGGAGAGAUAUUUCUUAAAUCCAUUUGUACUAGCUUUGUAGAAAGUUUAUUCUAUUUUGAAAGAGCAUCGUAUAUUUGAUAGCCAAAUAAUAUGCUAUGUAAAUGUUUAUUUAUGGUGACAUUAUUGAGAAGACCCACUAACAUUGCUAAUCACUUUCAGUACCUCUAUGUUUAAACGUGGUGUAGUCAUUGCAUGCAUUUAGAUUGCAUUUGACCUUAGUUGCCAGAAAGAGCAAAUAUGACUCCUGGUUUUUCCAGUCCAUUAAAUUUCAGAAAUGUAUUGAAAACAUUUCUGAAACAAUCGUCAUUAAACAGAGCCUUGAUAAGCAAUGUCUGACCAAUGAUAUUUCUGUAUAUGAUCAGACACUAAGGAGAUAAUGUGCCACUGGACUGCAAAUGUUGUCACUGUCUACAUAAAAUGAUCAGUUUGCAAUAGAAUUUAAAUUCCCAUUGACUGCACUAGCACAUAUGAAUGUUGUUGGAUUCAGGACAUUAUUUAUCAUUGUUUCUGAGCUUGUUCCAUGAAUAUUAACUUUAUCAUAGUUUCAUAAGAUUCCAUAUUGCACAGUGUUGCUCAGCUUGCUGCUUUACAUAUUGAUAGCAUUGUUGUUUUCAAUAUAGUUGUGGCUAUUUUGUUACCUGAAGGUCUAUUUUGUACUGUAAAUGACUUGAA